ACCUAGUACCUUUGUUGCUCCCUGGCUAUGCUUAAGCCUAAAUGCUUCUUAUGGUUGAAGUUUCCCUCCUAUUGCAUAUAAAACUUACAAGGAGCCUUUAUUUAUAAAAUAUAUGUCAUACAAAGCAGAACAAAUCAAAUGGAGGUUGAAGGACAUGGAAAAAAUGUGUCUCAAACUACAGCACAAGAAAGAAGAACUUCAUUAGGAAAUCUAUCUUUUCCAGAAUUCCAAUCACCUCUGUCCAUUGACACUUGGGAAGAAUUUCAGGCUAGAGUGAAAACUUAUAUUUCUAUUGGCUCUAGUUUUCCAGUUUGGAUGCUGAAACCCUUAAACUUGUCACCAGCAUUUUGUGCUCAGUAUGGUUGGAAGUGUGUGGAUGUAGAUAUGGUUAAGUGUGUGACUUGUGCUGCUGCUGUUUGUUGUCAUCUUCCCAAACCUUGGAGAUCUUCUGCUGUUUACCAAGAAUGUGUAAUGGAGCUUAUCAAGCUUUUACAGAAAGAAGGGCAUAAAAACAGUUGCCCAUGGCCACUUAUUCCUAGUUCAGAGAAUUUUGUGUACAUGAAAAAACUCCAUAAGAAAGAAGCAUUCAGAGAAUUUGAUGAACGACUGAGAAGUCUGAUGACAAUAAAGAAUUCUUUACCCCCCGUGUCAGAAGAAGUUUUGGAUAAAUUGGAAAUAACAAAUGAUACCAUUCUUCACAUUUGUCAGAUGGCUCAGAUCUCUGAUGAGCCAGAAAUUCAAAUGGCUGUUUUGUUUGCUAUGACAGGCUGGAGCAAAAGAGAAACUGAAGGCAUAGAUUAUUUGAGGUGUGAACACUGUCUGCGAGAAAGUGCAACUCAUUUGUAUGGCAGUGUAUCAUUGGAGAAUGUUGAAACCCAUGGUUUUGAAAUGAGUACAGAGAGUGAAGGUAUUCUUGUAAACUUGGAAGAUGAUACAUUCUCACCUGGAGAUACCCAAAAAGAGCUGGACAGAAAAUUUAUGAAAGAUCAAGCAGAGUCACAUUCUUCUGAAGGAUAUUUACAAAUUUUUGUGGGAGAUGAUGUAGCAGAAGCUGUACAAGAAAUGGUGGAAGGUGAUAGUAAAGAAACUAUUAAAGAGUUAAUAGAAGAUGUUAUGUUAGAAAUCAUCAAUCAAACAGUGAAAGUAGUUGGAGUUGCAUCUGAUCAAAAGAUGGUUGAGGAAGAAAGAGCAGAAAAUAUGAGAGAGUUUUUAACAAGUGAUACUCUCAAAGAUACAAGUGGAGAAGACAAAGAAAAAACAACUCUCCAAGAUGAGGUAAAAAAAAGAUCAGGAAUUAUGAAAGGUACCACUGAAAAUCUUGUGGGAUAUGACAGUGCAGAUACUGUUCACAAUGUUAUAGAAAUUGAAGGAAUAAAUGUUAAAGAAAUAACCAAAAAUAGAACUUUCAAAGAAACAGUGAAAUGUUACAAAGAAGAAGCUGUUGAAGAACUGACAGGAGUAGAAAUAGAAGUAAGUGUAAAAGAUUUUAACAUGGAUAAAAGUGUCAAACAUAUAUUUGAUGAUGACAAAAAAGAAACUGUUGAGGAACACGUGGGAGAAGCAGCAGCAGAAAAUUUAAAAGAGAAGAAAAAAAAAGAAAUUGUUGAAGACACAGUGCAAUGUGAAAACAUUGUAAUUUUCCAAAAAGGAGGGAAAAAAGAUGAUGAUGGAGAAGAAACUGUUGAGGAAUACAUGGAAGAAACAACAGAAAAUGUAAAAAAGAAGAUAAGAAAUGAAAGCGACAAAACUGUAAUUUUGGAAAAAGGAAUGAAAACAGAAACAUCAAGAGGUGUUAAAGAGAUAACUCAAAAUAAAAUUGUUAAAGCUAUACUGGAGACAAACAAAGAAGGAACUGGUGAGAAACCAAUAGAAGAAGAGAUGACUAGAGAUGAAACUUUCAAAGAUGCUGUGGAAGAUGAUAGAAGAGAAUCUAUUCAGGAGUCAAUGAAAGAAGAAAUGGCAGAAAGAAUGAAAGAGCAUACAAGAAAUGAAACUGUUCAACAUGUUAUAGAAAAAUAUAAAGCAAAAUAUGUAAAAGAAAUAGCCAGAAAUACAACUUUUAGUGAAACAAUAGAGAGUGACAGAAAACAAAAUAUUGAAAAACUCAUUGAAAUAAACUUAACCGAAAGUUUAAAAAAGAUAGCCAAAAACCAAAUGGCUAAAGAAAUAAAGGAAGAAAAUAGAGUAGAAAUGAUAAAAAAAAUACAGAGAAAGAAACAUCAGAAAGUUUAAAAGGAACAUCCAUAAAAUAUGAAAAAGUAAAAGAGACACUGAAAGUUGUUAGAACAAAAACAUUUGAAGAAGCAUUUGAAAGUUUUGCUGCAGAAACUGCCAAAAAAUCAGUCAAUGAUAAGGAA